AUGUCAUCCACCGGCAUCGAGCGAGCGGGACACCGCGAUGGCCUUCCGAAUUAUGGAGGCGGCUACUCCGAACAUGGCCGUUUCCCCGAUGAGAAGGGCGUCGGUGAGCCAUAUGGCGAACCCUUAGACGGCGGAUUUCGGUCUUCGCUCGAUUCUGGCGACAAGGGAGACCAUACUCACCGCAAGCUCAAGUCGCGCCACAUUCAACUGAUUGGCAUUGGCGGCACAAUUGGAACCGCUCUUUACGUACAAAUCGGAAGAGGUUUGCUCAAUGGCGGCCCCGCCAGCUUAUUCCUCGCCUUCACCAUCUGGUGUACUUUCAUCCUGGCCGUGACCCUGAGCAUGGCCGAGAUGGUCACCUACCUCCCGAUUUCGAGUCCCUUCAUCCGCUUCGCCGGUCGCUACGUCGAUGAGGCCUUUGGGUUCGCUGCCGGCUGGAACUUUUUCGUCUUUGAAGCUGCCCUCGUCCCAUUUGAGGUCGUCGCCUGCAACCUCAUCAUCCACUUUUGGAGCGACGUCGUACCCGCUGGAGGCAUCAUUGCCAUCAUUCUCGUCUUAUACGGUAUCAUUAAUGUCAUGGCGGUGCAGUGGUACGGCGAGACAGAGUUCUGGGCUGCGCUUGGCAAGUUCUUGCUCAUCGUGGGACUCAUCAUCUUUACGUUCAUUGUCAUGCUGGGAGGAAACCCGCUUGGAGACAGAUUCGGCUUCCGGUACUGGUACGAACCAGGCGCAUUCACAGAGCUAUACUACAGCGGCUCCCUCGGACGCUUCCUCGGAUUUCUACAGUGCUUGAUUCAAGCUUCCUUUACCAUCGCAGGACCCGAUUACGUCGCCAUGGCCGCCGGCGAGGCCGAGAACCCGCGCAAAGUCAUGCCCCGCGCCUUCAACGCCGUCUUCUACCGCCUGACCGCCUUCUUCGUCCUUGGCUCCCUCUGCGUCGGCAUCCUCGUCCCCUACAACGACGAAGAGCUUACUCGCGCCUUCAAGGACGGCGAACCUGGCGCCUCGGCCUCACCCUACGUCGUCGCCAUGAAUCGCCUCAAGAUCAGCGGCCUGCCUCACAUCGUCAACGCCAUGGUCCUCACAGCCGCCUUCUCUGCGGGUAAUUCGUACGUCUAUUGUGCUUCAAGAUCGCUGUACGGACUGGCACUGGAGGGCAAGGCGCCCGCGUUUUUCAAGAAGUGCACGAAGAAGGGCGUUCCGGUCUACUGCGUCAUCGCCGUCUUGCUCAUCGGCCUGCUCAGCUUCCUGCAACUCAGUGCCAACACUGCUGUUGUGCUGAAUUGGUUUGUGAGCUUGGUCACCGCGUCGCAGUUGAUCAACUUCUCCUGCAUGUGCACGGCAUAUCUUGGGUUCUAUCGUGCGCUCAAGGCCCAAGGCAUUAGUCGCGAUACCCUUCCCUACAAGGCUUGGUUCCAGCCGUACGCUGCCUGGUACGGUCUCAUCGGCACCUUCAUCAUGACGUUCGUUGGAGGGUACACCGUUUUCUUGCCUCUGGAUGGAUACUGGAGUAUCCCUGAUUUUCUCUUCUCGUAUACGAUGGUCGGCAUCUUCCCUGUGCUGUACCUGGGCUGGAAAUUCCUCAAGAAGACCAAGAUCUUCAAACCUGAAGAGGUCGACCUGUACCGCAACAAGGAUGAGAUUGACGAGUAUGAGAGGACGUUCGUACCUACUCCUGCCAAGAACGUCUUUGAAAAGGUUCUAGACAAACUAUUUGGGUAG